UCUAGGCUGCUCGCGCGAAGUUCAUCUGACAGGGGAAAGUCUGCAGUAAGUUAUAUUUUAGCGGAAAAAUAGUUUGUAUUGUAUUUAGGUGUAUGAAAGGAUCAUAAAAUAAUUAACUUACGUUUAAAGUGUAACGUUUAAUUGAAAUAAGUUGAAGAACAACUCUCCACGCAGGCAAUUUUAGUUUACAAUUGGGCAACCAGUCAGCGGCGUUACGUUACACUCUUCGGGACAAAGCUAGUGGGCUAACCAGCUAAAAUAACGGGACUCUUUGGAACUCUGUUUGGGGGCUUGCAUAGACAAGCACAAACGUCUGCUUUAUAUAACCAGCGACUUCUUAUUUUUCUUGAAUUAAGAUAAGUGUAUUUUAACGUCAGUAACAUGUUUAGCUGGGCAAACAAGGACGGGAAGAAAAAAGAUCCCGAAUUGUUUCAGACUGUGUCGGACGGACUGAGGCGACUUUACAAAACCAAAUUAUUCCCGUUGGAAGAUGCCUAUCGCUUCCACGAUUUUCAUUCACCGGCUUUGGAAGACGCAGAUUUCGAUAACAAGCCCAUGGUACUACUGGUUGGGCAGUAUUCAACAGGAAAAACUACCUUCAUUCGGCAUUUGAUGGAGCAGGAUUUCCCCGGCAUGCGCAUAGGCCCCGAACCGACCACCGACUCAUUCAUAGCGGUAAUGCAUGGCGAUCAAGAGGGACUGAUUCCAGGCAACGCUCUGGUAGUUGACCCAAAGAAGCCCUUCCGAAAACUCAAUGCCUUUGGCAACGCCUUCCUGAACAGGUUUGUGUGUGCUCAGAUGCCCAACCCAGUACUGGACAGCAUCAGCAUCAUUGACACCCCUGGAAUCCUGUCAGGAGAGAAACAGAGGAUUAGCAGAGGUUACGACUUUGCCGCUGUGUUAGAGUGGUUUGCCGAACGCGUGGACCGGAUCAUUCUGCUCUUCGAUGCCCACAAGCUCGACAUAUCCGACGAGUUCUCCGAGGUGAUCCGUGCCCUGAAGAACCAUGAGGACAAGAUGCGCGUGGUGCUCAACAAAGCUGACCAAAUCGGCACCCAGCAGCUGAUGAGGGUGUACGGCGCCCUCAUGUGGUCGCUCGGUAAAAUCGUCAACACCCCCGAGGUGAUCCGAGUUUACAUCGGCUCCUUCUGGGCCCAGCCUCUGCUGGUUCCGGACAACCGAAAGCUGUUUGAAGCGGAGGAGCAGGACCUGUUCCGUGACAUUCAGGGGCUUCCUCGGAAUGCCGCCCUGCGCAAGCUGAACGACCUCAUCAAACGUGCCCGUCUGGCCAAGGUCCAUGCUUACAUUAUCAGUGCCUUGAAGAAAGAGAUGCCUAACAUGUUUGGUAAGGAGAACAAAAAGAAGGAGCUGAUUGCUAACCUGGGAGAGAUCUAUGCCAAGAUUGAAAAGGAACAUCAGAUCUCCCCAGGAGACUUCCCCAAACUCGCCAAAAUGCAGGAAAUCUUAGCCGGCCAGGACUUCAGCAAGUUCCAGUCGAUGAAGCCAAAGUUGAUGGAGGCUGUGGAGGACAUGCUGGCCAAUGACAUUGCCAAGCUCAUGACUCUCGUGCGGCAGGAGGAGGCGGCCAUGCCCAGCCAGUCCGUCCAGGGUGGCGCCUUCGAGGGCACCAUGAACGGGCCUUUCGGUCACGGCUACGGCGAAGGCGCCGGGGAGGGUAUUGAUGAGCUGGAGUGGGUCGUGGCCAGGGACAAACCCACCUACGACGAGAUCUUCUACACCUUGUCCCCCGUCAACGGUAAAGUGUCCGGCGCUAUGGCCAAGAAGGAGAUGGUCAAGUCCAAGCUACCCAACACAGUACUCGGAAAGAUCUGGAAGCUGGCGGACGUGGAUAAGGAUGGCUUCCUGGAUGACGAGGAGUUUGCCCUUGCCAAUCACCUGAUCAAGGUGAAACUGGAAGGUCAUGAGCUCCCUGCAGAGCUGCCUGAACACCUGGUGCCUCCAUCCAAACGAGGACAGUAACCAUGACAGUAUGCCAGUAUGAAUCUAUGAGCCAAGCUACGCUGGGGGGAGUUUAAGGGUUGUGUGUUUAAGGGGAUAAUAACGGGGAUAUUAGUUAUGUCAGAGAGAUAUUGCAGAUACAAUAUAACUAAAUUACAUUUUGAUUAGUCAUUAAAAAAAAAAAAAAAAAAAGAAACCUAAAUAAACCAUAUUAACUUAUUCAUCACCGUGAUUUGCUACUUUCAUUAUUGUUUUCACAUACUCUCUUUCACUACUGGUCUUCCACACGAUGGCGGUGCAAUCUACUCUGGACCUGAAUUUAUUAAAACAAAUGCCUUUUAAUAUGAUCGCGUACUUUUUUUUUUUCCUCCAGAAUACAAAGACCAUGGUAUUGUGGAAGGCCAGAAGCCAGUUAAGAAAGGGAAAUGAGUGUGCCUUACUAUAUGAGCCAAAUCUUAAGUUAGUGUUGAAGUUACGUCAGGAAACACAACUGAGUUUUCUGUUGUGAGGAAAGGCCCUCAUAUUUUUCCAUGCCACGAUACCUCUACUUGUUUUGUUUUGUUUUUAAUUUUAAAUAUAGUUUUGAGGUUCUAGAUGCAAUUUAACAGAAAUUAAAUGUUUUCUUCUUAAGGAACUCUUUCUAGUUGUAGGAUUGAAGUUCCGUCUAACUGGGUCCAC